AAAUGUGCAACUCCAGGCUGCUACUGAAUGCUUCUCUUCAGACCAGGAGCUGCUCCAGUUUUAGCUAGUCAGAAAAAUGUUCCUUUCAGGCUUCAGGUUUUGAAAUCUUUUUUGAAGCUGGUGCUCUGUCCAUUCCCUUUUCUCUGUUUCAUAUUACACCACCCCUCUAAAGGGGUGGUAUGAUUUUUUUACUGCUGAUUGGUACAGCCAUCUGAGCAGGGUUGUGAAGAGCCUUUCUCAGUGCUCAGCCUCAAGCUUAUGAUAGUAAAUGAGAUACAGACAUACGAAGUACAGUGCUAAUAGCACCCAGAACACAGCAAGCCCACAUCAGGAGCAGGAUAAGUGGAGGCAACCCUUCAAUCAGUGGGUCCAUUCAUCUAGAUGCUUGCCGAGUACAGUAAUCUGCACAGAAGUACUACACAUGCACCCACCCAGGGCAAUGCAGGAGAUACAUAAGAACAGGAAAUAAGAUAUUGCAGGUGCAUGCUACAGAAAAGCACCCUGGAGUUUGUUUCAUAAAAAAGAUAAUGCUGGGUUAACAGUUUCUGAUGCAUAAUUGAUGUGGAUGAAAGACCAGGAUGUCUUAGUCUUUGCAAGAUUAUCAAGACCUAGACAUUGUUGCAUUUUGCACAUUGUAGAUCUCUUGAAAUUUUCAGCAUGUGCUAUGUGAGUGGAAUGAAAGAUGAUCUUUGCCCUGCACAAGAUGUAGAAGAUACCCCUAUUCCUACCACAGUAGGCUCCUGCUUUCGAUAUAUUAAUAUAUCUGCAACGAUGGAAGCGAAAAAACCCAUUACAUCUUUAUGGUUUUCAACCAUAUUCUCCAUCAUUGGCCUCUGUUCCAACCUUUUUGCAUUCUGCGUCUUGGUUAAUGCAUCCAGAAAGACCAAAAGUCGCUCACGCUCUUCUUUUCUAAUUUUCCUCUGUGGAUUAGUGGUUACAGACUUCAUGGGAUUGCUGGUCACCGGGAUUAUUGUUUUCUCCAGUCAUGUUACCCAGUUUGACUGGCAAGUGUUCGAUCAAAACUGUUAUCUCUGCAAUUUCUUUGGAUUGUCAAUGGUCUUUUUUGGACAAUGUCCAUUAAUCCUUGGUGCUGCCAUGGCCUCAGAACGUUUCUUUGGUAUAAACAAGCCAUUUUCACGUUCAGCCACUGUGUCCAAAAAGAGAGCUUGCGGUAUUGUGGUUAUGGUCUGGUGCUUUGCUUUCUUCUUAGGAUUACUUCCUAUAAUGGGUAUUGGGAAAUAUACCCUUCAAUAUCCAAAAUCAUGGUGUUUCCUGACUUUGCUACAGGACUCCAAAAACAAAUCAUUUGGGUUGAUAUUUUCAUUUGUUGGAAUCUUCUCUGUCAGCCUCUCAUUCAUAUUGAAUACUAUCAGCGUUGUGACUCUCUGCAGGGUUUACCAUGAUCGUGAGUCUGUGCAAAUACGUAGAGACAGUGAAGUGGAAAUGAUGGUCCAGUUGGUGGGAAUCAUGAUAAUUGCCAGCCUGUGCUGGCUUCCCUUACUGAUUUUUAUAGCACAGACAGUUCUGCAACACCCAAGUGGUGAACUGGUAGAAGAAGAAAUUCCCAGAAGUACAGAAAAACUACUGUUAAUCUACUUACGAAUAGCUACAUGGAACCAGAUUUUGGAUCCCUGGGUUUAUAUUCUGUUCAGAAGAGCUGUAUUAGAAAGAGUUUAUCCUAGCUUGAAAUCUCGACCAUCAAUUGUGUCCUUAUACCCAACAAUCACUGCCCCUUUACGAAGAAAAUAUAGACAAGAAUCGGUGAUCCAAUAAAAAAGCUGCCACUCCCUCUGUGAAAUGAUGAAAAUGUGAAAAAGUGCAGGUGCUUGCGCCAUACUGCUUACAUUUUUAAAAUGAUUAUUUUAAAUAUAUGCCAAGAAGGGGGCCAUGAAAUAUAUUAUGUGGUUUCUUGCUAUCUAGAAUAUGAUACAUUUUGAAGAAAAAGUAGCCUCAGCUGGAAGCUACUGGGAUAAUUUUCAGAGGUGUGUACUUUCCAUGUUCACUUGACGGCAAGUAAACUUCUUACAAAAAAUGGAAUAUCUGACUGGAUGAUUAAGCCUUUUAGCAGGACAAACUUCAUCUGCACUUUUGUAAUUGUACUGUGUAGUUUAAAGAAUGUAUAUAUUUUUAAAGGCCUAUAAACAUAACGCAAAAGUUGUAGCAGAACAAAACCUGGUAACAAUGAGAAAAGUAAAAUUGUCACAUCACUUCGAAUGAGAGAUAAGACAGGAACUGGGGAUUAAGAAGAGAGGAAAUUCGAAUGGGGAAAUACAUUUAAAUAACUGUCUGGUAGGAAAAUGGACAUUAUUUGGGUGCGUUUGUAAGAAGUCAAGUUAUUGGGGUGAUAUAGUGGAUAGGUUAUUGUAACUUUCUGAUUCUAUAAAUAACAAUUAGAAGCCAAGUCUUAAAUAGGGUUGCCACCUGCCUGGUAUUUUACCACCCUGGCUGGUAAAAAAUUAUGCUUCAUGCUUAAUAUUAUUAAUAGGGAAGCAAAUUGAAAGUAUAGAAAAGCAGGUGUUUUUUUCUGCCAUUUCACAUAGAGGAUACAAAGUGACCAAUUACAGCCUUUAUUUGGCAACCCAAUGAUGCUUUAUGGCACAAAGAUAAAAUAGAUUGGGGGCCCCUGGUCUAGGACAUCUAAAAACGUGUUUUCAUACAGACCUCCUGUUACCAUACAAAAGCCUGUGCUUGUGCUACCUGUGCUUCUUCUAGCUAGCCUAUUCCGGUGUCAGCUAAACAAUGCCAGUGGACAGUGCCCUCCAUGUGCUAUCAAUAACAAUCUGUUUUCUACUCAGAGUCCAACCAACUAGUGAGCCUUAGAUAAUCAUAAACUGUUCCACAAAGUCCUACCAGAAGAACUACAGCUAUUAGCAGAUUUAAAAAUCAUGCUUUGUAGAAAUAAUGGUAAAUUGGAGAAAUAUAACAGAAACUGAUAUAUGUUGUAUGUUUAAGAUGAAUUCCCAUCUCUACGAUUGGAUUAUGCUGAAUUCAUAAAGUUGUGGUUAGGACAAAUUCUGACUUCAUGAACUUAAUGUUCUGUUAAUUCUGUUGCUUUAAAUGUUAUGCUUCAACAUCAAUUUUUUAACUGUUGCACAUAUCAAAUGUUUUGUAUAUAUUUAUGGCAGAUUUUUUGUGCCAUCUUUUUUGUGUUGCAGGCCUAUUAAAACAACACAGGCAAUCAUAUGCUGGCUGGCAAAAGUGUACUUACACAUCUCCAGCUGCAGAAGGUGAAAAACCUCUUAAUCUACUAAAAUGUUGAAAUAACUACUACAGUUUGGGUACUAUAUGCAAAGUAUCAUUGUUGUAUAAAACAAAUUGUAUAUUUCUAGUUUACUUUACUGUACUCUUGCGAAGAACUAAUUCACAUCAAUAAUAAUUCACAUCAAUAAAAGCUGAAAAACAGGAGCUUUCCUUAAAUCAGAA